AUGGUAAUCAGUCUUGUCAAAAUGCGCGCUUCGUGGGGGUCAGUAGUGACCAUCGCGGCUUGGAUGGUGCUGCUUGAGCUCAGGAAGAUAAAUAGCAAGGAGAGUUGUUACUAUGUGACGUUCACCUAUGCCAAUUGGACGGAUGACCGACCCCGCUUUGUGGUGAACAUGACGUUCUCGAACCAGACGGGCAUUGGCUCCGUCACCACCAUCAACGAGGAGAUAGCCUCCCCGGUUUCGCGCAUCCUGAUCAUCCAGCACUCCGCCCGGGAGAAGGCGCGCACCAUAUACAACGCUUCGACCAGGCUGUGUGACCUGCAGAACGUCUUCAACUCAGUGCCGCUUUUUAAGCCGGUGAAGGACAACAUGCUCAAGCAAAGCAACUACACGCUGAGCUGCCCGCUGGGCAAGGGCACCUACGCCAUGAACAACAUGCGAGUCAGCCCGAAGAACCCACUUCUGAGCCUGCUCUACCAACCGAAGCACACGUUCUCCGUGAAGGGCGGAUUGUUCGAGGAACUGCGGGGUCGCCGGCUUAGGCCGUUGUCCACCUAUUUCAUGACGGGAAAGGUUGUCAAGAAGUCCUGUGGCUCCAAUGAGUAAAAAUAGAAAUAGAUCGGCAGCAGUCAAUCUGAAAUGUGGUAUUCAGAUCAACAGCAGCAGCCCGUUGGUAUGCCACAGAAAGUGUAUCAUAAAAAGUAUACCACACUUUUGAAUUUCUGAUAUGUAACCUUUGCGUAAAAUAGACGCGGUAAAAGGAA